UACUAAAAUGAUUUAAAGUUUGAAAUUUUUCGCAUAAAUGUUGGCAGUUCUGCAACCUAUCCUUUCCUCAUGGCCGGUCGUGCUGGCGGCUUAGAAUAAAUUUGUUUUACAUAAAUUCAAAUUACUGGUUAGGUGUCACUGAGUCCUAACAUAUUGAGUCAUGUCACGAAGAAGGGCAACCGAAGAAACAGACAAAUUAACUCGUAUCGCUAUUGUGAACGCUGAUAAGUGUAAGCCGAAACGAUGUCGCCAGGAGUGCAAAAAGUCGUGCCCUGUGGUCCGCAUGGGCAAGUUAUGUAUCGAAGUGACCCCCAACAGCAAAAUGGCAGCAAUUUCCGAGGAACUGUGCAUUGGGUGCGGUAUCUGUGUGAAGAAAUGCCCCUUUGAAGCCAUCACUAUCAUCAAUCUUCCCAGUAAUUUGGAGAGAGAUACUACUCAUCGCUAUGGCAAAAACUCCUUCAAACUUCACAGAUUGCCAAUACCCAGACCCGGCGAAGUUCUAGGUCUUGUGGGGACCAACGGUAUUGGGAAAUCCACCGCGUUGAAAAUCCUUGCAGGGAAGCAAAAACCCAAUUUGGGGCGCUACUCUGACCCUCCAGACUGGACGGAGAUCCUGAGCCAUUUCAGGGGGUCUGAGCUGCAGAAUUACUUCACUAAGAUAUUGGAAGACGACCUGAAAGCGCUAAUCAAACCACAAUACGUUGAUCAAAUUCCUAAAGCUGUAAAAGGAACGGUUGGACAACUUUUGGACAAGAAGACCGAGUUGGAUAACCAGGAACAGAUUUGUGAGAUGUUGGAUUUGAAGCAUAUACGCGACCGAGCGAUUGAGGCGCUCUCUGGUGGGGAGUUGCAGAGAUUUGCCUGUGCUAUGGUGUGCAUUCAAAACGGGGAUAUUUUCAUGUUUGACGAGCCUUCAUCGUAUUUAGAUGUAAAACAGAGAUUAAAUGCUGCCCAAACUAUAAGAUCGUUGUUACAUCCAGACAAAUUUAUAAUUGUCGUGGAACACGAUCUCAGCGUCUUAGAUUAUUUAUCAGAUUUCAUUUGUUGUUUGUAUGGUGUUCCUGGAGCGUAUGGUGUGGUUACUAUGCCAUUCUCCGUUCGUGAAGGAAUUAAUAUAUUUUUGGACGGUUUUGUUCCAACCGAAAAUCUGCGUUUCCGUGACGAAUCUUUAGUGUUCAAAGUGGCUGAAUCUGCCAAUGAAGAGGAAAUAAAACGUAUGAACCAUUACGAGUACCCUUCGAUGACUAAAACCAUGGGAAAUUUCCAACUAAACGUGGUCAAAGGCCAAUUUUCCGAUUCCGAAAUUUUGGUUUUACUCGGCGAAAACGGCACCGGUAAAACAACAUUCAUUCGAAUGUUGGCCGGCAAUUUACAAGCCGAUGAUGGUUCCGGGGAAUUACCACAACUUCAUAUCAGUUACAAGCCGCAAAAGAUCAGUCCGAAAUCUCAGGGAUUAGUCCGACAAUUGUUACACGAGAAAAUCAGGGACGCUUACAUCCACCCACAGUUUAUGGCUGACGUCACUAAGCCGCUUAAAAUCGACGAUAUUAUCGACCAAGAGGUGCAAAAUCUGUCUGGUGGUGAGUUGCAACGUGUGGCUCUAACUCUGUGUUUGGGCAAACCAGCUGAUGUCUACCUUAUCGACGAACCCAGUGCCUACUUAGAUUCCGAGCAGCGUCUCAUGGCUGCUAAAGUAAUCAAAAGAUUUAUUUUGCAUGCGAAGAAGACAGGUUUUGUGGUAGAACACGACUUCAUCAUGGCUACUUACCUGGCAGACCGCGUGAUUGUAUUUGAGGGUACGCCAUCUGUUAAGACCACAGCCAACUCGCCACAGACUCUUCUAGCUGGAAUGAACCGAUUUUUGGAGUUGUUAGGGAUUACAUUUAGGCGGGAUCCUAAUAAUUUUAGACCCAGAAUAAACAAGCAAGAGUCUGUUAAGGAUGUUGAGCAGAAACGGUCAGGACAGUAUUUCUUUUUGGAGGAUUAAAUUUUGUUAUGAAAUAUUGUGUAUUAUAUGGCGCUCUUUACAGGUUUCUGUUUUUAUAAACAAAUAUAAUAUAUGUGGAAGGAUAAUAAACGGAUUAUUAUCAUUA